UAACGACGAGCAGUGUGUUUGAAAUUGCCCUUAAUCUGUUUGAAAAAAUAUAACAUACAGACAGUUGCAAGCGUUAUCAUUAUAUGUACAAAAAUGACACGUCACAGAUAUAUUCAUAUCAGUCAGUAUUGUUUACGUUAUGUCUCAUAUUUUACUCGCAUUGCUAGGAACUCGUUUCAUUUGUAUUUGAAAUAAUUAAACAAAUAUUUAAAGAUCGGUCGAAUUAUUCGAAUCUUAAUAUGACGGUUCGGCCUUUGUGCCCAGCUUUGGCAGAAAUAGCAAGAGUGGAAUUGAAUGAAGACACCGAGAAGCUGGAAGAAAGUAUACAAUAUUUAAAGCAAUGGAUUGAAAACCAACCUCAUUUAAGGGCUAGAACCGAUGAUCAAUGGCUAGCUGCGUUUUUACGUGGUACUAAAUAUAGGUUAGAACAAACCAAAAGUAAAAUUGAUCUCUAUUUUUCACUAAGAAGUACGGCGCCGUAUCUAUAUAACAUAAAAUAUUAUGAACCUAAGGUUAUAGAAAUGUUAAAUAUAGGAUGCACUUUGAUAUUACAAAAAACCAAAAAUCCAGGGGAUCCUAGAGUUAUUAUAUAUCGCUUAGGUUUAUGCGAUCCCAAGAAAUUCUCUUUAAUAGAUAUAUUAUCAGUCUUUGGUUUUCAAGAACAGAUUUGCUUUAUGGAAGACGACAAUUUCGUCGUUUCGGGAAUAAUAAAUGUCGUGGAUUUAACCGGCUCUAAAUUAGCUCAUUACACGCAAGCAUCUAUCAAACAGAUAAGAAAUAUAAUUAGAGCCAACCAGGAAGCGGUACCAUUAAGAAUCAAAUCAAUGCAUUUCAUCAAUAGUUCACCGUUUUUGGAAACGUUUCUCAACAUUGGCAAAAGAUUUAUGAGUGAAAAAAGCAAGCAAAGAAUAAUGAUACACAAUAAAAAUAUAGAAUCUUUGCAUGAAUACGUGCCGAAGGAAGUCUUACCAGAGGAAUACGGAGGAACGGGUGACAGUAUUCAGAAUUGUAUAGAUCACUGGAAGAAGAAAAUGUCAGACUACAGUUCAUUCUUUGAAGAUGAUCUGAAAUAUGGGAGUGACGAGUCUAAACGUUCGUAAAAACCUCAACCAGUCGCAAUUGAAAAGAAUUUUAAACGUUUGGAAUUAGAUUAAAAUGAAAUACCAAUAUAUGUAUAAUAUAAUAAUCUUUGUUAUCAACGAUACUUACAUUAUUUUUAAAUAGUUAGUUUUUAAGCAAAUUUUUGCUUAAGAAAUUUGUCUGUUGAAACCGUCACGUCUUUUUAUAAAACGAUUCCUUCAAUAUUUUUUAAAGUAUAUCCAUUAUCCAUACUAAUUAACUAUGUUAUUAAUCUGAAGUCACUCUUUAUAAGUCUAGGUUUAGUAUUAAAAUUAAGUACCUAUAUCAAAUUAAUAGGGUAACAUUUUCAUGUCAGUGCAUUAAAUAUAUUAGUAAUAAAAAAAAAGAGUAAUUAAGUUUUAUUUUUGUUUCAUUUUCGUUAAUUGGUUUAGGUUAAGAGUGUUUAUUUUUUUUCUCUUUACAUUAUAGGAAAAUAUACCUGGAGUACUUAUAUAGAAAGUAUGUGGGUAGUUUGACGAUAAGCCUUUGUAUCAUAUAAAAUUGCAUAAUGUAAAAAAAUAUCAAUUUGAUGCACGUUAAAGUAUAUUUUCUCGUAUUUAUGGAAUUUUUAGAUUUCGCUGGAAUUAUUUCUAAGUUUGUUGAUGUCAAUUUAUACCUUAUUGUUGCACAGUCGCUUACCUGCUAAUUUGCUAGAAUCUAGUGUUUUACUAGGUAAACCUAAAUGAUAGAGCCAAUUUAGCACAUAUGCUUGGCCAACGGCAAAUAAUAUUGUGCCUAAUUUGGUGAAGGCUUUAUAGUUAUACAAUAUUCAAGAUAUAUAGAUAGGUUGCAAAUCAAUGCUAAUUACGUUCACCUCGACAAAUUAUUCAAGUCAACCAAGAUGCAUUGUCCAAGUUAUGCCAGAUUUUAGACUAUUUAUGAGCUAUCACAAUGGAAUAAAUAUAUAAGAGAUCGUAUCGGUGCUGUUGGUCUUCGAGUUACUCAUCAGGAGUUUGGGUACAGCAGUCAGGUUAUGGUGAAAUUUUGUGUAUGUAGUUAACCGUUAUGGAGUUUCUACGUUGUGAGCUAACAGUAAGUACAGCAAUCAUGAAAUGGUGGGACUUAAAACGGGCUAUCAUUGUUUAAUUUAUAUGUCAUUGGAUUGAAUCAAACGUUGAAUUUCAACUCUAUAUAAGAGAAAUAUAAGAGAGAGAGGAAGUUUGUG